UCUCGCAACGUUACUUUUUUUUUGCUUAAUGUACGUUCGUAAUGCAAUUAAACUUUGACUUACAACUAUACGUGGAAACUUCGUCGUUUUUCAGGAUGGGUAAAGCAAAGCUAUGGAAAAUUUUUCAAGGUAACGAAGUAUACAUUGAUACCUUGGCAAGUAUAAGCGAUGUCGCAUGCGAUAUAAAUAGUAAAGCGUACGAGUCCUGCUUAAAAAUCAUGGAAAAAUUUGGGUGCGAGAUGUACGCCACAAAAAAAAAAUGGUUUGAUUAAGUGCAACUCGGUGAAUGCCGCUCGUAAGUCUUUGUUCUAGUAGAACUUUGCCAUGAGUCACAACACCGAAUUAUUUAAAUCAACAGUGACCAACUUCGAGCCGAGUAUGAUACCUCCAUGUCAGAGUGAGCUGCAGCAACAUUUAUUGCUUACAAUGUAUAUCAGUAGCAUGUGGUGUAGAACCACCGAAUACGCACCCACCAUAUUAAAUCCACCUAAUAACGGAUGGAUAUUGAAAAGCGAACAACAGUACGGUAUUGAAUGGUUUAAAGGGGACCAAAUGCCAGACAACGUUAUUGAUAUUUUAAAUGCAUCAGUUGAAGAAGAAACAAAUAAAGACGUCUUGUUAGAGCCAUCGAUUGAAAAAAGUUAACGUUUUGGUGUAAAUUGUAGCCAUGCAAAAGUAGCAAUAAAAAUACAUUAAACAAAAAUACUUUCAGUUUAUGAAACUCCCGAACAUCGUAAUGCUGCAAUCGCUGCUGAAAUUGCUGCCGAAGGAGGUAAAUACAAUUUUAUAAAGUACCUAAUAACGAAUUACCUAUAAUUAAAAAAAUUAAGCAGUUAAUUAAACGUAUACAAUACAUUGAAAAGCAAACUGAAUUAAUGCUAGCACUAAUAAAUAAAAACGAUUAUAUAUAUAAUAAUAAAGACGAUUUAGAUGAUGACAGUGAAGGAGAAGGAAGUGAGGAACAGGAAGAAAUUAAUUAUGACAUUAGUGAUGAUGAUCUGGACAGUAGAGAAAGUGAUGCAUAUGAUGAAGCUGAUGAUGGAGAAAUAAUUUUUGUAUAAUUUAUA